CUUGGAAAAAGUCUUCUCACUCAGAAUUAGUUUCCGAGAGUAGAUUAAUAAUUCUGGGAUAUCUAUAGACAGACAAUAAAUUUUAAGUAUACACAAAUCCAUAGUAUGGAGGAAAAAAAGCGAGGACGAUCACAUUACAAACCCAUUUACAAGUACCAGAAAGUAGCGCGCAUCUUGAAUAAUGGGUACCUAAACUUUUUAACCGAAUACAAAAAACGUUUCUGCGGUUUAUCCCCGCAGGACAUGGUGCGUUUUGGAGCUAAGCAAUGGAAUCUCCUAUCCCUCGAAGAAAAGCAACGUUUUAAAAAUAUGAAAGAGUCUGUGGCUGUUAAAAAAAGUUCAACUACCUCGGCUGAGUGCCAGUCGGAAAAGGAAUGGUCGUCCAACACGAAAGAGCCUACGACCUUUAUAAAAAGACCACCUCAAGCAGCGGAGUGGCAGGAGAUUAAAGAAAGCCGCUGUAACAUGAAAGAGUCUGUGAACUCACAUCGAUCGGCUGAGAGCCAGUCGACAGAGGAAAACUGCUCUGACAUGGAAGACACUUUGACCUUGAAACUAAGCCCACUUUGGGCAACUGAGUGGCAGUCGAUAAAGGAAUGUUCGGCCAAACAUGAAACUGAAAAACUGUCUCAAAACCUCUCGCCGUAUGCUCGUGAAAGGGAGGCUACAAGGACCUCAUACGGCUCCAAAAACUGCCAGUCGAAAAGGAAAAGUCCUCUUAAGAGUCAAGCGAAAUAUAAAAGUCCAUCGAAGACUCCGCCGAAUAUUGAAAGUCCUUUGGGCACGGCAGGUGCCUACAUACAUUUCAUCCGAAACUUUAAAAGACAGAAUUAUGACUUGUCGGCCAACGAUUUGUUGAAAAGGGCAGUUCGUUUAUGGUGCCGCCUAGAUUCAAACCAGCGCCAAAAAUUCGAGAGGCCUCUAUGGAUUAUAAAUACAGGAUAAGGAACACCUUCAUUUCUAUCGGGAAAAUAUCGACUUUAAACAAAUUUAAUAUUUGUAAAUUUUAAGUAACAGGUUUUGUAAAAUUGUUUUCUAAUGAUAUUUUGUGACGCUAAAUAAAAAAAAACCUAAU